AUGGCACAUGGUCCUUGUGCUGUUGUUCUUUUUGGUGCACUUAUAACUUUGGUUGGAUGUAUAUGCAACAAUGCAACAAUUAUCGGAGCUCAACUAAGAGGCCAGCCAACUGAGGGUGCAAUAAUAGCUGCUGCUCAAAAACUCAAUAUGUUUGGUGUUAGAGAGUGCUAUCACAGAGUACAAGAGUUCCCAUUCAGUUCAGAACAAAAGAUCAUGGUGGUAAAGUGUAAACAAAAGUUUGAUCUGGAAGAAGAAGAAAAAUAUUUUGUGAAAGGAGCUCUUGAAAGAGUUUUAUCUCAUUGUACAUAUUAUAGUGAUAACGGUGAAAAUGUUUUUUUAAAUAAGGAAGUUGAAAUGAAGUACAUUCAGGCAGCACAAUACAUGGGAAGGAAAGGCUUAAGAGUUUUAGCUAUGGGAGCUGGCAGUAAAAAAAAUGAAUUGACAUUUUUCGGAAUGGUUGGUAUGUUUGACCCACCUCGACCAGGUGUCAGAGACUCCAUCCACAUUCUUCACAGUAGUGGAGUAUCCAUUAAAAUGUUAACGGGAGACUCAAAAGAAACAGCAUGUGCCAUAGGUGCUCGACUUGGUUUAUAUGCAACUGGGAGUGUAUCAUUGUCUGGAGACGAGAUGGAUAACAUGCAUGGUGGUCAUUUAGAACAUAUGAUCAACAGUGUAGCAGUGUUCUAUAGAGUUGGACCGAGACAUAAGCUUAAGAUUGUUAAGGCACUUCAAAAUAAUGGUGGUAUUGUGGGGAUGACGGGAGAUGGUGUAAAUGAUGGGGUUGCUCUCAAAAAAGCAGACAUUGGAAUUGCUAUGGGAAAAGCUGGAACCGAUGUGUCAAAAGAAGCUGCUGACAUGAUUCUUGUUAAUGAUGAGUUUUCUACUAUCAUGGCAGCUAUAGAAGAAGGCAAAGGCAUAUUUUACAACAUUCGUAAUUUUGUUCGCUUUCAACUUAGCACGAGUAUUGCCGCCCUCUCCUUGAUUGCUGUCUCAACUCUAAUGCACAUUCCCAAUCCUCUAAAUGCCAUGCAGAUCCUAUGGAUUAAUAUCAUUAUGGAUGGACCUCCGGCUCAGAGUCUUGGUGUUGAACCAGUGGAUCAUGAUGUUCUCAAGCAGCCUCCACGUAAUGUUAAACAACCCAUGAUUACUCGGGAUCUCAUCUUUAAUGUCAUCAUGUCAGCACUUAUCAUCAUCUCAGGAACACUUUGGAUUUUUAAAAAAGAGAUGAGUGACAGGAUAGUGACUCCACGUGACACCACAAUGACCUUUACUUGCUUUGUAUUUUUUGACAUGUUUAAUGCUCUUAGCUGCAGAUCACAGACCAAAUCUAUUUUCACCAUUGGAUUUUUCACCAAUCGGAUGUUCCUGUUCGCUGUUACAGGAUCAGUGAUUGGUCAGUUAUUAGUGAUUUACUUUCCUCCACUUCAACACAUAUUCCAGACUGAAGCUCUUUCUGCAUCAGAUGUGUUACUUCUUGUUGUUGUGGCAUCCACAGUUUUUAUUGCUUCAGAGUUGAAAAAAUUUGUAGAAAGACUGAUAGCUAGACGCCGACGCCUUAAACAUCAUUUUGGUACAGAUUUUGUCUGACAUCACCAAUCAGGUUAAAAUUACUUGAGAGCUUUAUAAUUUAUCACCAAAAAUAGGAAUGAGAGUAUGAACAAUGAUGUGCUGGAUAACGUUUCCAAAGGAGAAAAGUCUGUAAUUGAAACUUUUUUUUAGAAUACACUAUCUAAGUAAUUAUUAGGAAAAUGCAACAUUGAAACCACAAAUGGAGAGUUAAGUGAAAGAAUUUGUAUUUUUCAUCAUUUCAUUAUACAGUGAUUGGUCCUUGUAUAUAAACAAAUUAUUUUAUAGGUAACACAUUUUAAUGAUAUCUGAGAAAGUCUUAAUGAAGAUCUCUAAUCACUAUUUGGAAAGAGAAAAUAUAAAUUGAAGGUGAUAAGUAAUUUUGACAAAAAACACCAGUGUUUUGGCCAUUAACCUACUUGUAUAUGAGGUUUAGAAAGUAACUUAUUUUAUUGUAGUGCAGAACUACUUGUUACUUUUGAUACAAAAUAUUUUUUCUGAAAUUUACUUGUGAUUAAGAAUACUAGAGCUGACAUAAUUUGGACAUUGUGUAUUGAAAAGCACAAUGGGAUUUUAAUUACAUCAAAAUUCGAAGUGUUGAGCAGGUUUUGUGUUUUAUUUCAGUAUAGUGUGAACAGUAUUGCUAAUCUCAGGUACACCGAACAAAUACCUGGUUUUCACUUUUUGUGGGUUAAAGUACCUUUCUAGAAGUGGUGAUACUUUAGAAGGUUUGUAAGUAGAUAUUGUUAUAUACACUUGUGUAAGGAAGCACAUUACACUAAUAUAAUAUUAAAUUGAUCAAAAAACUAUUUAUAAACAUAAUUGUGGUUUUAUUUGGAGGGAGAGGUACUACGUGUUUUGGCAGAACAUUUGAAAAAGAAAAAGACAUUCUGUCAAAAUGUGUAUUAUGUUACCCAAAAUAAAGCCAUUUCAUUAUGCUUGUGAAUCAUUGUCAAUUGAUUGUUGAUAUAGGCAGUUAUAUUUAUAAAAAGUUUCACAUUCUGAUGAACCAAGAUGAAAUUAUUUUGAAUUCCAUGUUUACGAUAUUGAAGCUUGCCACCCAUUAAGUGCUAUUGGUGUAAUGCUGUAUUAUGAUAACUACUAAGGACAGAAUUGUCUUUAGGGCACUAGAAAACCACUGUGGUCUCUCUAACUUUAGUUAGACGUUUAAAUUGUUUUAUGAAAAAAAAAGCUUUAGGAAUAUGUUGCAUAUAAAAAAAAUAAAAAGUAAAAAAAAUGGUUUUUAGUUGUGGUGAUUGUUUGGAGCAUUUCAUACUGUCCAGUUGUAACAAAAGUGGUUAAAAUUUUUUGAAGUUAGAAUAUUAAUAUUGUUUUUCUAAUAAACAAAAUUCACACCUUUCACAAAAAAAAACAAGUUUUUCAGGUUCACCUUAACCAAUGAGCAUAUCUGGAAGGGUGCAAGAUAUUUUGCACCAGUCUUUUCAGUGUCAAACUGUUGUUUCAAGUUGAUAUGAAAAAUAUUAAUUUUGUUUUAAAGCAUUUGAUAAGUCCAGUAGAUAUAAUUUUGUAUAUAAUAUUGGAAUUUUACUGAAGUUGGUAGCUGUUGUAACAUUUCAGAAUACUUUAUGGGAAGAGUAAGUGUAGAAUUAAUCCUAUCAUUUUUGAAAAGCCGCUUGUAAACAUUUUAGGGUUCUUACGGGAGGUGAUUCUUUUCAUCACAGCUUGUAGAAAAUCUUAAUUCAUUAGACUAUUAGAUGUGGUUAAAAAUAAAGAUUAACUUCAGCCUUAUAUUCUUUUUUACUCUGAAAAUAUAUCAGUUAAAGUUUUACAUUUGAAAGACUGAAAUUAGGUACAGAUAUUUUCACAGUAAAAUGAGAUCUCUUUUUAUCAUUUUUUGAACAAGUUGCUUGAAAGUAUACUAGAUUCUGCAAUCCAAAGUUUUUAAAUCCUGGACCCACUUUUAUAAGUGUGAACUGUCAACUAGUGCCACCUUUAGAAUGCAUUGUUUGUUUUGGACAUUAUUCUUCUUCUGUGUCAUUUUUUAUUUAAUUAAAGUACGUGUACAAAAACCAA